ACGUCAGCCCCCGACAGCGGCGAGUUCCUCACUUAGCUCUCGCUCUCCGUCGGGGAAGCAUGGGGCUGCCUAGGCUACUCUGCGCCUUCUUGUUCGCUGCCUGCUGCUGCUGUCACCGCGCCAUGGGUGUGCCAGGAGAGGAAAAGCAGCCCCCACCCAUGCCCGACCUGGUGGAGGCCGAAGUGGGCAGCACUGCUCUUUUGAGGUGUGGCCCCUCGCGUUCCUCAGGCAACUUCAGCCAAGUGGAAUGGUUUUUGAUUCACAAGGAGAAGCAGACACUCAUUUUCCGUGUGCACCAAGGCAAGGCCCAGAGUGAACCUGGAGAAUAUAAGCACCGCCUUAGCCUCCACGACUCAGGGACUACGCUGGCCCUGAGUCAAGUCACUCCCCAUGAUGAGCGGAUCUUCCUGUGUAAGAGCACGGGACCACAGCUCCAGGAUCACUAUGUUGAGCUUCAAGUCUUCAAAGCUCCAGAGGAGCCAACCAUCCAAGCCAAUGCUGUGGGCAUCCAUGUGGACAGGCAAGAGCUUAGGGAGGUUGCUACCUGUGUGGGGAGGAAUGGCUACCCCAUUCCUCAAGUCAUCUGGUACAAGAACGGUCGGCCGUUGCAAGAGGAGAAGAACCGAGUUCAUAUCCAGUCAUCACAGAUUGUCGAGUCCAGUGGCUUGUACACCUUGAAGAGUGUUCUGAGUGCACGCCUAGUCAAGGAGGACAAAGAUGCCCAGUUUUACUGUGAACUCAGCUACCGGCUACCCAGUGGGAACCGCAUGAAGGAGUCUAAGGAGGUCACUGUCCCUGUUUUCUACCCUGCAGAAAAAGUGUGGGUGGAGAUAGAGCCUGUGGGACUGCUGAAGGAAGGGGAUCAUGUGAAAAUCAGGUGUCUGACUGAUGGCAACCCUCAACCUCACUUCACUAUCAACAAGAAGAACCCCAGCACUGGGGAGAUGGAAGAGGAAAGCACUGAUGAAAAUGGGCUCCUCUCCUUGGAGCCUGCCCAGAAGCACCAUAGUGGGCUCUACCAAUGUCAGAGCCUAGACCUGGAAACUACAACCCCACUGUCAAGUGACCCCCUGGAGCUGCUGGUGAACUAUGUGUCUGAUGUUCGAGUGGCUCCAACUGCCCCUGAAGUUCAGGAAGGAGAUAGCCUCACUCUGACCUGUGAGGCAGAGAGUAACCAGGACCUUGAGUUUGAGUGGCUGAGAGACAAGACAGGCCAGCUGCUGGGAAAGGGGCCUAUCCUCCAGCUAAACAACGUGAGAAGGGAAGCAGGGGGAAGAUAUCUCUGCGUGGCAUCUGUCCCCAGAGUUCCUGGCUUGAAUCGUACACAGCUGGUCAGCGUGGGCAUUUUCGGGUCCCCAUGGAUGGCAUUAAAGGAGAGGAAGGUGUGGGUGCAAGAGAAUGCAGUGCUGAAUCUGUCUUGUGAGGCUUCAGGACAUCCUCAGCCCACCAUCUCCUGGAAUGUCAAUGGCUCGGCAACUAAAUGGAACCCAGAUCCACAGACAGUAGUGAGCACCUUGAAUGUCCUUGUGACCCCAGAGCUUCUGGAGACAGGUGCAGAGUGUACAGCCUCCAACUCCCUGGGCUCAAAUACCACCAUCAUCUUUCUGAAGCUGGUCACUUUAACUACCCUCACACCUGACUCCAGCCAAACCACUGGCUUCAGCACCCCCACAGUCAGUCCUCAUACCAGAGCCAACAGCACCUCCACAGAGAAAAAGCUGCCACAGCCAGAGAGCAAAGGUGUGGUCAUCGUGGCUGUGAUAGUGUGUAUCCUGGUGCUUGCUGUGUUAGGCGCUGCUCUCUAUUUCUUCUACAAGAAGGGCAAACUGCCAUGUGGACGCUCGGGAAAACAAGAGAUCACGCUGCCCCCGACUCGUAAGAAUGAAUUUGUAGUUGAAGUUAAGUCAGAUAAGCUCCCAGAAGAGAUGGCUCUCCUUCAGGGCAGCAACGGUGACAAGAGGGCUCCAGGAGACCAGGGAGAGAAAUACAUCGAUCUGAGGCAUUAGCUGACUCACCAAUGUUUCUGGCUCGCUGCUCAGUCUUCACCUCAAGCAAAGCCUCUGGAGGGACAGCAGGGAAGAUCCUCACUCAGCUCCCUUGCAGACCAGGUCCAGAGAGCUAAGAGCUGGGACAAGAGUCAUCUGGAGGAUCUCACUUGGCCACAGAGGCCUGGUUUUAGAGACCAAGUUCUCCUCUGUGUCCACUGAGAGAUGCUUAUGCCAAGGGGCCUGUCUCCCAGGGCUUUCCCCCCCUCCCUUACAUAGCCAGUGUUGGCAAAUCCUUCUCCUGCCAUCAGCUGUGUGGGUUUGCAUCUCUGAGCUGAUCUCCCCUCACAGGAUGUCUUCGUGCUAGCUGUAUCACAUGAUACAGGACCUGGGCAUAUGGUCACAUUAUUCUGUUCACAUUAGUCCUUAUGAGAACCUCACAGUCCAGGGGCAGAUGCUUUUGUACCUUCCUGCCUGCUACUAAUUUAGGGUCUCAUUUAGAACAUUUUCCCUUUGGGCAGUAGUCAGGAACCGGUGUUAGACCUUCAGACACAUCCCUGAGUAAGGAAGCUGGGCACUGUUUCUGUAAUUUUUGUUGUUUUCUUUGAAGGCUACUGAGCCCAGGCUUCCUGUAUUCCCUCAGUGGGUAAUGGGAAACAGAAAGACAAGAGAGAGGACAGAGAGGAGGUCUACUGUUCAUGGGGAUUAGGCUUAUAGGUGUAUUAGUACCAACUUUUUAAAUGUGAGUUUUGGGGCCCAGGUCCUAAGACAGCCCAAGUGGGAGAAUGGUACUUAGGAGAUGAAAACCUGGCCUGGCAAGAGCUUUUGAGGUGUGUGUGUGUGUGUGUGUGUGUGUGUGUGUAUGUGUGUGUACAUAUAUGUAUGUGUAUAUAUAUAUAUAUAUAUAUAUAUGGUUUUGUCUGUAAAUUUGCAAAUUAUUUCCUUUUAUAUGUGUUAGAAAAAUAAAGUGUUAUUGUCCCAAAAGCA